AUGGUACUGACACGAUCCAAUUUAACACCAUGCAGUUUAUAUUCGAAGAUUAUCGACGAAAGCUUGCGUGAGAACGAUAUUACCGAACACUUUGAUGGAUUCAAAAGCAUCCUGUUGGUUGAACACCAUUCGGCGAAGAUGUUGAGUUGCUGUUGUAAAAUCUCAGCAUCUCCGAUGCAGUUCACUGGGAGGAACAAUUUGAAGUCAUCUGCAUACGAGAGUUUGAGACACUUCAAAUUGGAAUUUAUAUCGUUGAGAUACGGUAAAAACAGUGAGUUAGGAGUGAAGCCAUGUCAAAAGUGGAUCGUUGAAACCAAGACAUUGAAGCAUAACCUGUCGGGACAUCUCUCAGCAGGAGCCGGUCGACAAACGCCUAUAGUGUUCCCGCCGCAUCCUGGAAUCCAUCAGAAUCCCCUCCCGCAGCACUUCACGAGCCUGCCUCCACCACAGCAGACGCCGCAACAAGCACACACAUCCACCGAAGUCACCUACGCCCAGCUCAUACAGCAGCUCAUGAGACAACAACAGGAAUUUAUGCAGCAUCAACAUCAUCUUCUUCAGCAGACUAUCUCCAAAAUUAAGGUACAGGUACCGCCAAAUCCUGAAACCAUUCUUGAUUCGUUAGCGAACAACAUAAAAGAAUUUCGCUACGAGCCGGAAAGCAACAUAAUCUUUUCGGCAUGGUACGCUAGAUACGAAGAUCUUUUCGAGAAAGAUGCUGCCCGUCUCGACGACUUGGCAAAAGUUCGCCUGCUCAUGCGCAAAUUAGGAGCAGCGGAACACGAACGCUAUAUAAGCUUCAUCCUACCUAAGCUGCCUAAACAGUUCCAGUUCAGCGAAACCGUGAGCAAAUUAAAAUCACUCUUCAAGGAACGUAACGACGUCACCUUGGAACAGCUGUCUGCGGACUGUCAGCGAUUGUUGUCACUGAAGCGGGACACAGCAAUGAUAGAAACGUCAACACCGAGUGUACAGUUUGUGAAGCAGAGCAACAGAAAUCAACAGAAGCGCAAUUUCGGACGAGGCAAACAGCAGCGAAACAAAAACAUUCCAGCUUCACCUUGCUGGUUUUGCGGCGAAAUACACUAUACACGAGACUGCAGUUACAGAUCGCACAAGUGCAACGAUUGGGGAAACAUUGGUCAUCGUGAAGGCUAUUGUUCCAGUUUGCGGAAAACAACGAAAGCAGCUCCGACUAACCGCAAAUUUCGACGAUCAUCGUACACGACGAAAACAGUAAGUCUCCUUGUGAAUGCAGUAAACAAAAAGCGUCGUUUUGUUCAAGCUCAAAUCAACGGAGUGGACGUCCGUCUUCAAUUGGACACGGGGUCUGAUAUCAGCGUAAUUUCGAAGCGAAUGUGGGAGAAAAUUGGCAGACCACCAACAAUGCUAGCAACAGAAAAAGCAGCCACAGCGUCCGGUGAUGCGCUCAAGCUUCUCUUCAAGUUCAUUUGUACAAUUUCUAUCAACGGUGAGCAUCGUGAAUCGCAAAUCUACGUGGUGGACAAAUCCCUUCAUCUGCUAGGUAUCGAUAUACUCGAUGCCUUCGGGUUGUGGUCAGUGCCCAUCAGCAAUUAUUGCAAUCAUAUCGUCAGUCCUGCCACAACCGUAGAGUCACUCAAGGUGGAAUAUCCAGCAGUAUUUCGAAGCGAGCUAGGAGUGUGCACUAAAACGAAAAUAAAGCUCGAACUAAAGGAAGGUGCAGUUCCAGAUUUCCGUCCCAAACGUCCCGUUGCAUAUUCCACUUACAACGCAGUGGAUAGUGAGCUGGAUAGACUGGAAAGAGAGAGAAUCAUCACUCCCGUGGAUUUCUUCAACUGGGCGGCUCCCAUAGUAGUCGUUCGUAAGGCCAACGGUACCAUCAGAAUUUGUGGCGAUUAUUCCACCGGUCUCAACAACUCGCUGCAACCACACCGGUAUCCUCUUCCGCUACCGGAGGAUAUUUUUGCAAAAUUAUCCAGCUGCACAAUAUUCAGUCAGAUAGACCUUUCUGACGCUUUCCUCCAAGUGGAAAUUGAUGGGGACAGCCGCGAUCUACUUACCAUCAACACCCACCGUGGAUUGUAUCGCUACAAUCGUCUUCCGCCAGGAGUCAAAACAGCACCAGGUGCCUUCCAGCAGCUGAUCGACACCAUGCUGGCGGGCCUUCCGUGCACUUCUGGUUACCUUGAUGACGUUGUCGUGGGAGGUAAAACAGCGGAGGAUCAUCUAGCCCAUCUCCAUGCAGUGUUUCAGCGUAUUCAGGAUUUCGGCUUCACCAUUCGUCUAGAAAAGUGUACAUUCGCUCAAUGCCAAAUAAAAUAUCUGGGUUAUCUAUUAGACCAAAACGGACUACGCCCAGAUCCGUCGAAGAUUCAGGUCAUCACCGACAUGCCACCACCAACCGACGUUAAAGGAGUUCGUUCCUUCCUAGGAGCAAUUAAUUACUUUGGCAAAUUCGUACCUAGUAUGAGAUCCCUUCGCUUCCCACUUGAUGAGCUACUCAAAGUCGAGAAGAAAUUCAGUUGGACGCCAGAAUACCUCCUGUUGACGCACUACAACCCAAACCUUGAUAUCAUCGUAUCAGCAGACGCAUCAUCAGUAGGUAUUGGUGCUACCAUCAGUCACCGAUUUCCGAAUGGCGCCCUGAAGGUUGUUCAGCAUGCGUCUCGAGCUUUAACACCAGCAGAGAAAAACUACAGCCAACCAGAUCACGAAGGGCUAGCGAUCAUUUUUGCAGUAACCAGAUUCCACAAAAUGAUUUUCGGUCGUCGGUUCCUUCUGCAAACCGACCAUGCUCCACUCUUGAGGAUAUUCGGCUCUAAGAAGGGCAUUCCAGUUUAUACAUCCAAUCGUCUUCAGCGAUGGGCUCUUACGCUGCUCCUGUACGACUUCACCAUCGAACAUAUCCGAACUGAGAAGUUUGGGAAUGCGGAUGUGCUUUCCCGCUUAAUUAGACAACACGUAAAGCCAGAGGAGGAUUAUGUCAUCGCCACAAUCGCCUUUGAAAGCGAUGUCAGGAUCGUUCAGAAUGCUACUCAGUCCGAUCCUACCACCAAGAAAGUGUAUCGCUAUCUCCACGAUGGAUGGCCUACAGUAAAUCCAACAGAGCCGGAACUCAAACGGUUCUUCUACCGGAAAGAUUCCCUAACCACGGUCGACGGUUGUAUAAUGUACGGUGAGCGCCUAGUUAUUCCUUCGAUGUACCGUAAGCGCUGCCUUGAUCAGCUGCACCGUGGCCACCCAGGCAUUCAACGUAUGAAAGCGAUUACACGGUCAUAUGUUUACUGGCCAUCCUUGGAUGACGACAUUAUUGGCUACGUCAAGUCCUGUCAUCAUUGUGCUACAUCAGCGAAAACACCACCUAGGUCAGCACCGCUAUCGUGGCCUAAAUCCAGCAAGCCUUGGGAACGCGUCCAUAUGGACUACGCUGGACCAAUUGAUGGGGAAUAUUUCCUCAUUGUCGUCGAUUCAUAUUCUAAAUGGCCAGAAAUGAUCCAGACCCGUAGCACAACCACAGAAGCUACGGUUGGCAUUCUCAAUGAUGUAUUCGCUCGUAUGGGGAUGCCCAAAACACUGGUCAGCGACAAUGGCCCCCAAUUUACCAGUGCCAAGUUCCAGGCCUAUUGUGCGGAAAACGGAAUUGAACAUUUGACCACCGCACCAUUCCACCCUCAAUCGAACGGACAGGCAGAACGUUUUGUAGACACGUUCAAGGAAAAUCCAGGAGGGGAGAGGCACCAUAAAGGAAGCACUCAGCACCUUUCUGCUUGUUUAUCGAAGCACUGCCAAUCCGUCCGCCCCAGACUGCAAAUCACCUGCUGA